UUUGAUUUCUGAAUAUUUCAGACUAGUUUCUGAACAUGGGAGAAGAUCGGAAGCAUGAAGAUAGAUCCCGGGACAGGUCUCCUAGACGUAGAUCUAAGUCUAAAGACCGAAGACGAUCUCGGUCCAAGGACAGGAAAAAGACUAGCAAGAGGCGUAAGCCCUCUCUAUACUGGGACGUACCUCCCCCAGGGUUUGAGCACAUUACUCCGAUCCAGUAUAAGAGUAUGCAGUCCGCUGGUCAGAUUCCGGCAACACUCAUGCCGGAUACUCCUCAGGCUGCUGUAGCUGUAGUUGGAAGCUCUAUAACUCGGCAAGCUAGAAGAAUCUAUGUCGGAAAUCUACCGUUCGGGUUUACAGAAACAGAAAUGAUAGAUUUCUUUAACCAGCAAAUGCAUCUGAACGGUUUAGCGCAGGCCGAAGGAAAUCCAAUGCUAGCCUGUCAUAUUAACAGAGAUAAAAACUUUGCUUUCCUUGAGUGUCGAUCCAUCGACGAAACAACAACAGCAAUGGCAUUCGACGGUAUCAAUUUUAAAGGCCAGUCUCUGAAGUUACGUCGACCCCGUGACUACCAGCCACUCCCCAGCGGGAGUGGACUGGAGAAUGUUGGAGGUGGUAUGGGCGCAAUGCCGGGUAUCGUGAGCACUGUUGUUCCGGACUCAGCGGACAAGAUCUUCGUCGGUGGUAUUCCGAACUAUUUGAACGAGGAUCAGGUUCAGGAGCUCCUGGUAUCCUUCGGGCAGUUGAAAUCCUUCAACCUUGUCAAGGAUAUAGGAACAGGAUUAUCCAAGGGUUACGCGUUUGCAGAGUAUCUCGACUCAAAUAUCACAGAUCAGGCGAUUGCUGGAUUAAACGGUAUGCAGCUUGGUGACAAAAAGAUCAUUGUCCAGCGAGCUAGUAUCGGCUCCAAAACAAUGGGAGCCGGUAUGCCCGCCCAGCUCCAGGUUCCUGGUCUGGUGGGAGCAGGACCUGGAGCUCCUACAGAGGUUCUCUGUCUUCUCAACAUGGUGGUUCCCGAAGAGCUGACAGAUGAGGAGGAAUACGAAGAUAUCUUGGAGGACAUCAGAGAAGAAUGCGGAAGAUUCGGAGAAAUUAGAAGCAUUGAGAUCCCUCGUCCCGUGCCUGGUAUAGAUGUUCCCGGCUGUGGGAAGGUCUUCAUCGAGUUCGGUAGUAGCACUGAGUGCCAGAAGGCCCAACAUGCGCUCACCGGAAGGAAAUUCGCCAACCGUGUCGUUGUAACAAGUUAUUUUGACCCUGACAAAUAUCAUCGCCGAGAGUUUCAAUAAUUUUUCAUUCAAUGUUUAGAAUUCUGAUGAAAAAUGAUAUUGUACUUUGUAUUGAAAAGUAAGAAUAUAAUUCUCCCUAUGUCUGUAUUUUUUUGUGUUCCAAGUAUUAAUAAAAGUUUCUCUUUUAUAAAUGCUAUAAAAUGCCCAAUCAAGCAUUCAAACUUUUUGCUUUUCAGAA